CGUUCCUGGAACAGUUUUCCUGCGGCGUUUCCAUCUAAACCCGCGGCAUUAAAAACGCUAAGAGCCGGGAAGGAUAGAAAAAGAAGAAACUAGAUUCAGUGAAAAUGUACUCAGCGUCAUCCAAGCUACCUUUAAAACAAGUUUCCACAUUCAAUGCAUUUUGGCCUGCUCUGUCCUCACAAUUUUCCUCUUUAUGACCUGUAGCAAAUCUGCACUUUGAAUGGAAGAAUAGACUGCUGAGAUAAAUCUAACCCAGGUUCCUACAACAACAAUGUAUGUAUAGCGAGAAGAGGUGUGAAGGCCAAUCAACAAAAAUAGAAUAGGGGAGAAAAGUAGCAAAGAUUUAGCUAUUUCCUCUUUCUUCUCCUCCCAUUCCUGGACAGACAAGUAAAGCGCCCAUCCCUAUAUGUGGAGGGUGAGAUGAACUCCAGUGGGAAUACUGUAGACCCCACCUGACAGCUCGCUGCCUAAGAAACGGAAGCUUUCACUGGAGCCACCACAUCCACAGAGCUGGAAAAAGAAAAGCAAUCGCCUAAAAUCCAACGGUGAUGCUCAGUUUUUGUUAAAAUAUUCAAAUUAUUUUUGUCUUGCAAAAUGAUGCACUAUCUUUAACCCUUUGACGCUGCAAACCAGAGGAAACUAAAAGGAUACAAAACACAUUUCCUGAAAACCAAGAAAUGGAAAAACCUAUUUGUCCCUUUCCCCAGACUUCUGAUUUUCUCCUGUCUGAGACUUGCCUGUCCUGCUCAUAGAGUCACCCCCCAUUGUCUUUCUUUGGCCCACAAUUCCUCCUCCACUUUAUCGAUCCAUUAGGCCUAGUUUCUUUAGCUUUCAGUCUGGCCGGCACAACGAUUCCAGCGAAGGGGGAGGAGGACUUCCUCACGCUGGCUGCCUCCCGGCUCAGCCGCAAGAAACGUGUGAUUGGGGCUGGAGUCGGCGUGGCGAUGGUCCUCGUCCUGCUGGUGGCCAUUCCCCUAUUGGUGCACACCACCAAGGGAGGAGGGUCCGGAGGAGGGAGCACGCAUUACGAGAUGCUUGGGAGCUGCAAGAUGGUGUGUGACACUUUCACCCCCCCACAGGGAGAGCUGACAGCCGUCUCCCCUCAGCCCCCAGACUUCGCAAACCGCAAGGGCAAACAGGGGUUCAGAGGGACCCCUGGACUUCCUGGUCCUCCGGGUCCUAAAGGGCCCCCUGGAGAGCCUGGCAAGCCCGGCCCACCUGGUCCACCGGGGCCUGGACCCGGGGGCUACGGGCAAUCCUUCUACAGUCCCAAAAUUGCCUUUUACGCAGGCCUCAGAAAACCACACGAAGGGAGUGAAAUACUGAAGUUUGAUGACGUGGUGACCAACGUCGGGAACUACUACGAGCCGAGCACCGGCAAGUUCACCUGCCCCCUUCCUGGCAUCUACUACUUCACCUACCACGUCCUGAUGAGAGGAGGGGACGGUACGAGCAUGUGGGCCGACCUGAAGAAGAACGGGCAGGUGAGGGCCAGUGCAAUCGCCCAAGAUGCAGAUCAGAACUACGACUAUGCCUCCAACAGUGUCAUCCUGCACCUGGAUGUGGGGGACGAAGUGUGUGUGCAGCUGGAUGGGGGAAAAGUUCACGGCGGGAACACAAACAAAUACAGCACCUUCUCUGGCUUCCUCAUCUACCCCGACUGACAGUAUACCCACAUUUAUAUACUCUCUCUCUGUUAUCAAGCAAAACGUUUCCUCCCCUUUCUGCAUCUAACACCACCAUGACGCCAUGAUGUAAUUUGUCAUUUCAAUGCUGUUAAAUACACAAAACAUGUAAUACCACAAACACAAUUAACAAAUAGACAAUGUGUGUUAAAAUGAAUAUAGUAUUGUAUAUAUUACCAGUUAACAUUUACUUCUGAUACACACUUGUGUAAUCAUUAUUCUGUGCCAUGUACAGUAUGUGUAAGCAUGGCUAAAACAAAUGGCUCGCAUCUGUUUCACAUGCACAAUCAGCUUGUACACACGCACACGAGAGGUGCUCACAUGAAUAGAACUCUACCUAUCAGUUGUUGCGCUGAGAAAAGAUGACCAUUUCAGCCAUCGGUCUGAAAUCGACUGAAAUGAUCUCUGAAUGUAGACUGUAAAUCGAAGUGCGACUGCAGCUUCUCGCCUUCACUGUGAGAGGGAUUUCCAAACGAGAAAACUCAUGAAUAUAUUGAUCCUAGCUGAUAAUACAGCCAACACCAUGAACAUAAUCCAGUGUGUAGUAUGUCUGUGUUCAUGCCUGUGAGCGAGCGUACGCGUGUGUUUACCCUUCAGUUUGUGUUGGGGUGUAAAAGCAUCACGUAGCUGUUAGUUUGACUUGCACAGUCUCUGGCUCCUGUUAAGGAAGGGGGUGUCAGGUUGUUGGUAACAGUCCCUUAACACACACAGUAUAUCGAUACUGAGGUUUAGCUUUGAGAUUUUCCCUGAGCCAGAGCUCAUAGCAGAGCCUCAUGAUGUCCUGCUAAUGAGCUGCGGCUUCCUCUGCAGCCUCAUCUGUAAGUCACACUCACAUCUGCCAUCCACAGUUUGCUGUAUGACUUUGCUGAAAUAGUUUAACCUUGUGUGAAAAAAAGCUUGUUUGUUUUCUUGCCGGGAGUUGGAUGAGAACAUUGAUAUCAAUCCGAUUCUGCCCAUUCACUGUAAAGGCUGGGUUAUAGUAGAAAAAAAGUGGUUUGAUUUCUCCAAAUUCACACAACACCACCAACUAAGUUAUGACGCAGGCAGCGUUAGACCAGAACGUUCUGUAGGUUCUGCAAGAUAAAGAUACUCUUUUUGUCUAUGGAGUCUCGUAACUGUGAAGCUUAGAUAGCUGCCUGAGUUUCCCCUCAUAAACAUAAACUGCUAUCAAAGCAUUGGAAAGGUUGUAGAAUUAGCUUGCCUGGGACUUUUGAAAGUCUGAUAAAAUGCCUACGUUGUCUGUUCAAUUCGUACAACAACAAAAAAAUAGAAACAAACAUUUGUAAUGGUUGGCAUAUCUUUUAAAGGUCUUUGUGCUAAGCUAAGCUAGCCGGAUGUUAGCUGACACUUCCUAUUAACUUUACGGACAUUAAACUUGUGUCUCAUCUAACUCUGCAAAAAAACAAAUAAAUAAAUUGUCAAGCUAUUUCUUUAAUUGUACUAGUAAGUAACCCAUAUAAGGAUAUAUUUUAAAAUGCAUGUGACUCUUGAUGUUAUACUGUCAUAAGCCAUAACCAUAGGUUUUCCGUGCCUUACACUAUAUUUUUCAUUCUUAUACAUGAGACAUGCAAACAAACUGGUACAAUAAUAAAUCUGAUGAGGAUUUCCAUUGAAAACCUCUGCAACAGUCCAUGCAAAUGUUGUCAACAACUUUAAGAAAUGCAGAAGCUAACUGAGGACCAUGAUGGUGAAUAUAUGUCACUGGAUGUAACUGCUGUAAAUAAAAGCCCAAAUGGGGACCAGGCUUUGUUUGGUUGGUGGGAAACACCUAUGGGAACAACAGAUGCAUGUCACUGUGUUGAUCAAAGGUUGCAUCCAGUCAAGUUAUAAAUAGGUAGAUGUAACCAAAUUAUUAUGUAUAACAAUUCUAUUUUUUUCCAUAAUAUAAUGCUUAAAUGGGUGUAAUAUAAAACUCCUAGGUUUAUAGUAGUUUAAGUGCCAAUGGAAGAAAACUUGGCUCAACGAGUCACACAGAUUCAGCUUUGAAGCCUGAUAGCAUGACUGUACCUCAAUGAGACUUGGGUGUGGGCUUUUACGAUUAUUCUUGUACUGUGACUGAAAUCCCCUGCAAAUGUUGUGAUGUACAAAAUACAUUUAUCAUGAGUGACUUUA